CGGCGCGUCGAGGCCGGGGCGAGCGGUGCCCGCCGGGCUCCUCCGGGCGGGCCGGCGGCGGCUGCCUGUGCCUGGGCGGCGGCGGCGGCGGCGGCGGCGGCAUGAAGGGGAAGGAGGAGAAGGAGAAGGAGAAGGAGGGCGGCGCGGGGCUGCCCGGCGGCGGGGUGGCGGGCGGCGGCAGCCCGGAGAAGACCCGCAGCGCGCAGGAGUACAAGGAGCAGGGCAACCGGCUCUUCGUCGGCCGCAAGUACCCGGAGGCGGCCGCCUGCUACGGCCGGGCCAUCUAUCGCAAUCCCUUGGUCGCCGUCUACUACACCAAUCGCGCCUUAUGUUACCUGAAAAUGCAACAGCAUGACAAAGCCCUGGCCGACUGCAAGCACGCCCUGGAGUUGGACGGCCAGUCGGUGAAGGCACAUUUCUUCCUGGGACAAUGCCAGCUGGAGAUGGAGAAUUAUGACGAGGCCAUUGCUAACCUUCAGAGAGCCCACAACCUCGCCAAAGAGCAACGGUUGAAUUUUGGAGACGACAUUCCGAGCGCCCUGCGCAUCGCCAAGAAAAAGCGUUGGAACAACAUCGAGGAGAAGCGGAUCAACCAGGAGAACGAGUUGCAUGCUUAUCUCACCAAGCUCAUCAUGGCAGAGAAGGAGAGGGAACUUGAUGAAUGUCAACGGGCACAGGAGGAGGAGAACAUGGACGAAAACCGGAGCCGGGCACAAUUGGCCAACAUCCGAGCCAAACACGAAAAGUAUCUAGCGGACAUGGACGAGCUCUUCUCCCAGGUGGAUGAGAAGCGGAAGAAACGGGACAUCCCAGAUUACCUCUGUGGGAAAAUCAGCUUCGAACUGAUGCGCGAGCCUUGCAUUACGCCGAGUGGGAUCACUUACGACCGGAAGGACAUAGAAGAACAUCUCCAGCGGGUCGGCCACUUUGACCCUGUGACCCGAAGCCCGCUGACCCAGGACCAGCUGAUUCCCAACCUGGCCAUGAAGGAGGUGAUUGACGCAUUCAUAUCCGAAAACGGCUGGGUGGAAGAUUACUGACACCCGAAAGAUGGGAUUGCUCCUAGGGCGCCCCAGCCGUGGCCACGGCAACAAAGAAGGCCCCCUCUGGACCACUGCACCAGACUGCUCGCUGGGCCAGCCCUACGCCUUAGGCCCUCUCCCUUGCCCCUCCUUCGCCUGGCUCGGCUGAGUUGGGCCCAGCUAUCCUUCCCCCCUCUGGAUCCCGUUUCGGGCAAUGGGGAGACCUUGGCCUCAAUCUCAAGAGGGUGGAAGAUCACUCUUGGCACUGAAGCUCAAACAUGAGAGUUGCUCCUUUUCACGGGCUCCGGAAGUCCUUUGGCCAGCCCCGGCCGAGCUUCGGAGCCCCGUCUGACUUUGGUAUCAAACCGCCCCCCCUCCGGCUUCCACCCAGAUCCCUUCGCCCCCUUGCUCCGCACGCCUUCCUCCCACGCCAGCCAGCCGCUCUCACCAAGGACCCGGCUCCUCUGGGGAUCAAAGAAUGAAUCUGCACCCCCCUCCAAAAGGAGAUUCCCCAGCUAUCUUCUUUCCCGUUCUCUGUCUGUACAAAGUUCUCGUUCUCGCCGUUUUCCCGCCUGUCCAGAAGAGUUGAAGUUCCGUGCCUGCUUCUCUGUAAAUAAACGGCCACUGAUUUCAGGGCGGGUCGGGGAGGGUCAAACAGAUGGUUAUUUACCGAACUUGGCUGGAAUUGGCGCUUCAGGGGGGAGGAACCGUCUCCCCAGCUUGCAGGUAGUUGUAUCGACGGAUGGGGAGAACGCUGAGCCCCCUGGCUCCAUUCUGGGUAGUUGUUUUACCUAUUAAAAUACUCAAAGUUCA